AUGGCCACAAAGAAGAAGGUUUUGUUGAAGGUUAUCAUCUUGGGAGACACAGGUGUCGGUAAGACAUCUUUGAUGAACCAGUACGUCAACAAGAAGUUUAGCAAUCAAUACAAGGCAACCAUUGGCGCAGACUUCCUCACAAAGGAGUUGAUGGUCGACGACCGUGUGGUCACAAUGCAGAUUUGGGACACAGCCGGUCAGGAGCGUUUCCAGAGCUUGGGUGUCGCCUUCUACCGUGGCGCCGACUGCUGUGUGCUCGUCUACGACGUCAACGUCGCCAAGACCUUUGAGAACUUGGACUCGUGGCGCGACGAGUUCCUCAUCCAGGCCGGCCCACGUGACCCAGACAACUUCCCAUUCGUCGUGCUGGGCAACAAGAUCGAUUUGGAGAACCAGCGUGUCGUCUCCCAGAAGCGUGCCGCCUCAUGGUGCCAGAGCAAGGGCAACAUCCCAUACUUUGAGACUUCUGCCAAGGAGGCCAUCAACGUCGAGCAAGCUUUCCAGACCAUCGCUAGAAACGCCAUCAAGUUGGAGGACGGACUUGUGUUCCCAAUCCCACCAGGUAUCCAGGUCACUCCAGAGCCAACCCAAACCAAGUCUGGCUGCUGCUAA